AUGUCUAUCACCCUCAGUUUCGACACAAGCAAACUAGCCUCGGCAACUGGGGUUCACAUAGACCCGGAAGCCGAACGUUUGCUGAGCGAACAGCAGUCUCACGACCCUACUAGACUUGGAGACCUCAAGUGGAUGCUCUAUCGUGGAACAGGCGACAUACGCUACCUUGACCAAGCCAUCGAGGCCGCCCAAAUUGCACUUGCGCUCAUGCCCGAGCCCGGUGAUCCCGAAGUUCUGGGCAGUCUUGGGGAACGCUGCAGUGCUCGCUUCAGCCUUACGGGUACGCCAGAAGAUUUGGACAACACCAUCGUAAUGUCAAAACGCGCGAUAGCGCUUACGUCGGAUGAAGACCCGGUGAAACCCGUCUGGUUACACCAACUGGGCGCUUCGUUGUAUACGCGCUCUGGACGUACUGAAUCGCUGGACGACCUGGACGUUGCUGUACAGGCGUUCCGCCGUGCGGCGGAGUUGACCAACGGCAAACAACUAUUCCUCAAACCCGCACAUCUACAUAAUCACGCUCUUGCCUUGGAAGCGCGUUUCAAGAAGACCGCCGACCUUGGCGACCUCGAUACGGUCGUCGAGUCCUACCGUUGCGCGGCAGAUCUCACGCCCACGGAUCAUCCAGAGCGCCCGGAAUGGAUUGCGUACCUCGGCCAAUCAUUGCACCUGCGAUACGCGCACACGCACGCGCUCGGGGACCUCGAGGAGGGGUUGACAACUCAGCGUCUCGCAAUCAGCCUCACACCUGACGGGCAUCCCGAUAAACCUUCACGUCUUGGUAGCCUCGGCGACAUGUACUCAGACCGCUUCCAGCACUGCGAUGACAUCUCAGACAUGGAUGCGUGUAUCGAGACGCGGCACCGCGCAGUUGACCUCACGCCGCCCGGACACACCACCCUGCCAGAUCGGCUGAGUUUGCUUGGAAAUGCAUACACUGCCCGCUACCGGCGAACGGGCGCUCUUGUCGACAUCGAGACCAGUGUGUCUAUCCAUCGCCGUUCCGUUGCAUCACUCCCAGACAAGCAUCCGGAUCAGCCACUUCGUUGCGUCGACCUCGGUACUGCACUUGGGUACCUCUUCCGGCGUACAGGCGCGCUCAAAGACCUGGACGAAGGCAUUGCCAUGCACAAGCUUGCGGUGGCAUUGUUUCCCAGCUCACACCCCACAGCCCCAUUAGCCCUCAGCAACCUUGGCCGCUCGCUUAUUGUGCGCCUCAAACAGUUGGGUGACAUUGCCGACCUUGAAUCUUCGAUCGUCGCACACCGGCGAGCGGUGUCUCUCACGCCGGAAGGUCACGAUGAGCGCCCGCUGUGGCUCAACAACCUAGGCUCUGCGAUUCUUGAACGCUAUGACCGCCUACGCGAUCCACGGGAUAUGGAUUUGGCCAUCGAGGCGCAUGAGACAGCAAUCGCGUUGAUGCCCGAGAGCGAGCCCGAUAAACCAGUAUGCUGGAAUAACAUGGGGCUUGCACUGCGUAGUCGAUUCGGCCACACAAAUGACGUCGAGGACAUUGAUAAAGCGAUUAUGGCCACCCGCAACGCGCUGCGUCUCGUACCAGACGGACAUACAGGUCAACCUGGCCUCUAUAGCAACCUCUGUGGAUGCCUUCUCAGCCGCUUCGUCCGUGUUGGAGAACGCGCCGACCUGGACACGGCGAUCUCUAUUAUGCGUACUGUGAACGAUGUGGUCCCGAGUGGCCAUCCGGAUAAACCAGCGAAUCUACUGAAUCUGGGCGGGCUCUUAUGGAAGCGUUUUGAACUGGAUCAGACGCAAGAGAGCUUUGAUGCAGCCCUCGAGCGUUUCAUGGACACUACAUACGAGCCGACAGGGUAUCCCACUGAGCGUUUCGAAGCCGCCAAGCUCUGUGCGACGCUGCACACUAGGCAUCCGCAAUUCAGCUCUGGCGAUGCCCUGUUACGUGCCCACUCUCGUGUCAUGAACGUCAUCCCAGAAACAGUAUGGAUGGGAUACGACGUACAUCGGCGUUACACGGAGUCUGCCAAACUAGGAGAACUUGUCAGUGCGGCUGUAGCUGGCGCUUUGGAUGUCGGGGCUACGACGCAGGCAGUUGAGUGGCUCGAAGCAGGCCGAUCCAUCGUCUGGUCGCAGGUGUUGUCUUUGCGCACCCCGCUCGACGAGUUGGCUGAGCGUCAUCCGCUCCAUGCUGAGUCCCUUCGAGCCAUUCAACGGCAACUGCAGCAUUCAGAGGGCGGCAUAUCGCGGAGAUCGCGCACUCAUGGAGGAGACAUAUCUCUAGAUGAGAUUACAACCGAAACGGCCACCGAUCGCCACCGCUUUCUCGUUGUCGAAUACGAGCGGAUAUUAGCUCAAAUACGCGCUUUGGAGAGCUUCGACACUUUCCUACGACCUAAGGCACUCUCGUCUCUUCUGUUGCCCCGCGAGGUUGCAAGCAGUCCUGUCGUGCUCUUCAAUGUAAGCUCGCGCCGCUGCGAUGCACUCAUAGUCGCUGCCGAGGGAGGGAUUACGACCGUGGCUCUUCCGGAGCUUACCCUUCAGCGAGCGAUGAAGCUACGUGCGCUAUGGGCCGCCCAUCUCGACACCGAGAACGUGCGGCAGCGCGGCAUGAGCUCUGGGCCGCAGCUAUUGCGUGGAUCAUCGAGAACCGCCGGGCUGUUAUUGGAGCGUGUGUGGACAUGGAUCGUUGAGCCUGUUACGGAAGCACUUGGAAUACGAAAACUUAAGCGCGCUGGAGACAUCCCUCGUAUCACUUGGUGCCCCACCGGGCCUCUCGCACAACUACCCCUUCACGCGGCUGGCGCCUACAGCGAGGAGUCUGGUCCACGCAUCUUCGACCUUGCCAUAUCCUCCUACACGCCAUCGCUCGCCGUCUUGCGCCACAGUCACGAUCACCUUGCGCACAGGAAGGCUGCAACCGCUCCGAGCGUACUGAUUGUCAGUCAACCUGAAACGCCAGGAUACGCGCCGCUCCCUGCGACUGAGGAAGAAGGCCGCCGGCUGCAGGAACUUCUCGCAUACGCGCAGAUCCCAAAUGUGCUCUAUGAACACGAACAUGGGACACUCGCGGCGGUUCGGGCCGACCUCCAUGAGCGCCAAUGGGUGCAUCUGGCUUGCCACGGUUUCCAGCACGCGGACGACGCAACACAGAGUGCAUUCGCACUGUAUGACGGUCCUCUGUCGCUCGCUGAACUCAUGAGGACAUCGAUAGGCGAUGCAGAGCUAGCCUUCCUUUCGGCUUGUCAGACUGCAAUGGGCGAUGAGGCCAACCCAGAGGAAUCCGUGCAUCUUGCGGCGGGGAUGCUUGUCGCCGGAUUCAGCGGCGUCGUGGGCACCAUGUGGUCUAUCAGCGAUGCGGACGCGCCGAUUGUAGUCGAGGCAUACUACAGGAGGUUGCUUGAUCUGCGAAGGGCGGGUACAGUUGGAGUAGGACAGACGGGCGCUGCAUAUGCGCUUCAUGAAGCUGUGAAGGUUCUUCGAGAGAAGGUCGGAGAGAGUGCGUUCAUGAGUUGGGCCCCAUUCGUAUAUUUUGGUGUUUGA